AUGUCUAAUAGUGAGGCUGACAUUAGGAGUACCGACAUGAGCGAGGAGAUGCAGAAAAGUGCCAUUGAUUGCGCAACACAGGCUCUUAACGAGUGUAGCAUCGAACAUGAUAUUGCCAAAUAUAUUAAAACUGAGUUUGACAUAAAAUUGAAACCCAAAUGGCAUUUCAUUGUCGGCAGUGAAUUCGGAUCUUAUGUGUCACAUGAGCCGAACCAUUUCAUCUACUUCUAUUUGGGCAAGUUAGCCAUUUUAUUGUUUAAGAGAGGUUAG